CUAAUUAUCUUUGAUUGUAAGAUUUGAUGAUGAAUGGUGAGACUUUAUGCAGCUUCCGUCUGUUAGAAAUUGCAACAAUAAAACAUAACAUAAAAAAUUAAAUAAAGAAAAUUUCACGUGGUAAUUCUAAGGUAUUGGGUUUUCCUCGUUAUAACCAAAGCUUUUUUAAAAUUUAUGUGUUAAUCUUAAAGUUUACCUAAAUAAAUCUCCGUAACCUUUUUACCUAUAAAAUAUUGAAAAUAAACCUGUUAGUGCGUGAAAUUUCCCAUAAAAUAAAGUGUUACAAUUGGAAAGGCGCAGCCUUCAACUUGACCUUUAAAACAAAGCCUUCACAACUCUUUUUGCCCCUUCCCUCCUAUUUUGCUCAGCAUUUCCAUACCUUUUAGGAACCUUUUCCCUUCUCCUAAAUCCCACAAAAAACCAAGAAGAAUGGAGAUUUCCCCACUCCGAUCUUACUCCAUGGACAUUCUCUAUAACCCUUAUAUGUUCUUACCCUACUACCAUGUCCCUGAAAACUAUGUGCAUUGGAGAGAAACUCCUGAAUCUCAUAUCUACUCUGCUAAUCUUCCAGGGGUAAGGAAAGAGGAAAUCAAGGUAGAACUAGAGGAUUCAAGGUACCUAAUAAUAAGGACUGAAGCUGUUUAUGAGUCAGUAGAACCUGCAAAGAGAUUCAUGAGGAAAUUUCGGCUUCCGGGAAGAGUUGAUCUUGAUGGAAUAUCAGCUGGGUAUGAAGAUGGUGUUCUUACUGUAACUGUGCCUAGGAGGGGAUUUUUCAUUGAUCCUGCUGAUUUGCCUGAAAACCUGCAUAUUACUGCUACUGCUAGUGCUGCUUGAUACUCUAUCAGUGUCUCCUUUCCUUUGAAUCUGCUACAUUCCGCGUAUACGCCUAAAAACUAAAGCUUUCACUUCAAUUUGCUUGGUAUACCAAAUUCAAAUGGACGGAGCGGUAUAUUUUACUUAGAUCAUUUGAUCCCUACAUAAUUGUUGGUUAGUUUUAACUUAUCAUGAUCAUUAAGCAUUUGUUUUAGAAAAUUCUUGCCUUUGAUUGUGUUUGUUUAGCUAUGUUAUUGGGGAAUUAAGCUCAAUUGAUCAACAUUUGUAUAAAAAUUACCUCAAAAGUAGACAUGAAAUUUGGUUAUACUC